AAUGGUCGCACAGGAAGAACUGUUUCACUUCAUCUCCGAGAACACUUGCAGCUCUGCCGUCGUUACAGCGGAGCCGCAGUGUCCCGGUGCUCCCACAUUUGGAUGCAGUCGGACUUCGCUCAUCGGCUGUCACCCUCCCUCAAGGCCGAGGUUCCUCCGCUCCGACAGACGGCGCUGCAGCACCGACGUAGCGCUGGGGCGUGACUUGCUGCCGUACCGGGCGCUGCGGGGCCGUACCGAGCCGCAGGCGGAGGUAACGUCGUGCGGGGCCCGGUGCGGCUCGCCCGCCCACCGGCACCCGCAGCCAUCUUGAAACUAUGUGGAAAUGGGGUAGCACAGAUGAUUCUCCUUCCAAAGCAGUAGCUGAGGGCUCUCAAGAUGCAAGAAACAUGUCGCUGACGGAUUUGAGUGAACAGCUGGCAAGUACUGAGCAGCUGGUAAUACAGCUCAAGGAGCUUGUUCGAGAGAAGGAUGCUGAGCUUCGAAAUAAAGAUCAUCAGUUAAAGGAGGAGAAGGAAUCUGCUGAUGCCAAACUUUCCAAAGUGAAGCUGCAAAACAAAGCCAAGGUUGCAUCGUUAACCUCACAACUGGAAGAACUUAAGAAGCAGUUAUCAGCAUCAGGAGGCUCAGAGGAAAAAGCAGAACCAAAAAAGGCAUCAAGAGAUGGUGACCAGGAAAAUGCUGCAGCAAAUCGUGGGAAAAUAUUGGUGCUGAGAAAGAGAAUUGAAGAGCUGGAAUCCCAGAUCACACAAAAAAAUGAAGAGUUACAAAAAAAGGAUGCUGAAUUGGAGGCUCAGCGCUACCGGGGGACUGAAAUGGAUGCCAUGCUGGCAGAGAAAGAAAAGAAGUUAGCUGAAAGAGAUGCCUAUAUCAUCGAUUUACAGAUAGCAUGUGGAUCAGGUGGUGUUACCAAUGAAGUACUCUUGCCCAAUGAAGAGCUGAAGAACGAACUAUCCAUUAAGGAAUCAUCACUACAAAGCAUGCAGAUUCUUGUUCAGCAACUUAACAAGAAGGUUGGAGACAGUGAAGAAAAAUGCAGCUUGUUCCAGGAAGAGAUUGAGAGUCUUAAAAACGUUCAGAGCAAUGAAAGAGAACGUUUCCAAAAGAUGGAAGCUAAGUAUAUAGAAAAUGUACGUGUGCUUCAAAAUAUAAUUCAUGAAAAGGAAAAAGAGCUGGAAGCACAGGGAAAAAAGCAUGAGCAGGAGCUCUUUAAAUUAGCUGCUAAGUCUGAUGCGAGCGCUGACUUAGAACAGCUUUUAAAGGCCUUGAAGCAGAAGCUCCACGAAAAGGAAGAAGUCAUGCUGGGAAGAACACAAGUGAUAGAUGUGCUGCAAAAAGAACUGGAUGCCAAAGACCAGGAGUUGAAAGAGAUUAAUGAAAGCAUGAAACGCCUUCAGUCUGAAAAAGAAAACCUCCAGUCCAAGCUGGAUGCCGAGAGACAUGUACUGAGAGCACAGAUAAAAGACAUGAUGGAGAAACACAUGCUUGAAAUGACAAAGGUCAGGGAGAAAUACGAUGCUGAACUGCAUGAAAUUCAAGAGAAACAUGAAACUGAGCUGCAAGAGAAAGAUCAGGCUCUGUUUCAGCUUAAGAAACAAGUGGCAGAAUUAACUGGUAGCAGGCAGACUAACUCAAAAGAUGUUGCAGAUAUGGAGUCUACAUCCAAAGAGAAGAUGGAAGAAUUAGAAGUACAAUUGAAAUUGAAAGUGGAGGAGGCCAGCAAAUCUGAAGCUAAGUUUCUAAAAAUGAAGGCUUGGUCUAAAUCAAGAAUCAAACAGUUGGAAGAUGAGCUGAAAAAUUUUUCAUCGAAGAAUAAUGAUCUGUCUGCCUUGAACAAUCGUGUGUCAGAAUUAGAAGCUGAAAAGGAAGAACUGGAAUUAAAACUGCAAUCAUUACAUGAAGUCAGAACUCAGAACGAAGAAUUGCUGACUAAGCUAGAAAUCUAUGAAGAGCAGCAAAGGAAGUUGCAAGCUGAUCUUGACCAAGUUACAAAAAGAGCAGCUUCACAGGCUAGUGAAUCGGGUAGUGUGGAUGAACUGCAGAGUCAGCUCAUGGAAUGGCAAGAAAAUGUACCAGAAUCAGAGGAGUCACGUGAUCGAGUCAGAGAAGAGAAAUCUGCCAUGGCCUUGAGAAUGGCUCAGAUUGAGGAGGAGAGAGAAGAACUGAUUGAGGAUGACUGGUUCUUUCCUGGCUGCUCUGAUCCAGACAUAGUCUCAGGGCAACAGGAGCUGGAGGAGGAACUGGCCACAGUUCAAGGAAUGGGCAGGCUGGAUCAGGCGGGAAGAAAAAGCAGUGAGACCAACAGGAAUCUUCAGGAAGAGUACAGCUUUGAUAGAAAGCAAUGCUUUCAAGAAGCUUUGAAUGUCACUCUGGAUAGCACUGAUUCAGCUGAAGGAGAAAAUAUGGGAGGUUGGUGGCCAGAAUACACUUCACCUAAUGCAGGCUUACGGAGUGUAGUUGAAGAGCUGGAAUUGGAAAGAAAUCAACUGCAGGAACAAAUUCUGUUUCUAGAAGAACGUUGUCAGGAUUUGGAAGAUAGAUUGCAGCUUCAAGGUAGAAUGGAAGCUCUUCAGGUAACGUUUGAUGUAAAGGAAGAAGGGCAGCUAUUGAGGGCGGUACAGAAUGAAAAUGAACGUUUUCAAAGUCAACUCACUCAGUUACGCAACCAACAGAUUCGAGACGCCGAAAAGCAUCAAAUUCUGAUCUCUGGCCUGAAUGAGCAGCUAAAAGGACUGAGUGAUCGAAAUAGCUUUCUUGAAACUUCACUUGGAGAAAAAGAAGAGAAACUGCUAAGCUUAACAGAAAAACUGGAACAAAUUGAAAAUAUGAGAAAACUGCUUCAAGAAAGGGAUCUGUUGAACAAAGAGCUGGGAGAGAAGCUUGUGCAUAGUGAACAAAAACUGAAGGAAGCCUUGAAGAAAUGCAGUAUGUAUGAAGUGGAGAACGCUGAGCAGAAAAACGUCAUCAGUGAUCUAACAGAAAAAGUUGCUAUGCUGAGGGAAAAGACUUUGAAACAAGAUGACAUGGUAGAAUCAAUGCAGCUGGAUCUUGACCAGACAAAUGAGGAACUUGACAAAUUGAAUACAAGCCAUUUAGAGGAAAGAUCUCAACUUAUUCAAGAUCUCCAGAAACGUGAAAGAGAAAUUGAUCAUCUUAAAGAAGCGGUGGCAGAAAAAGACAGGGAGUUAGCUGCCUUGUCUUUGAAUAUGACAGAAUAUUCAGAACAAGUUAUCAUCCUGAAGCAUGAAGUGCAAUGCAAAAAUGAAGAAAUACGAGCGAUAGAAGAGGCUUUAUUAAAGGCUGAAAGGGAGGCUGAUUCGCUGAAAGAAGUACAAACAGCCGAUGUGAGAGAUGCAAGUGUGAAAAUAUCUGUCCUUUCUGAGAAGAGUAAUACAAUGAGACUAGAACUGGAAAGAAUUAGAGUUGAAAAUGAAGCUAAAAACAAAGAAAAUGAGGAACUGAUAAGACAAAUAAGUGAAUACAGCAUUACAGUUAAGGAUCUCCGUUCUGAAAUCAAGGCCAAUCAUGUAGCAUACCAUAACAGUCUUACGGAGUGUGAGUCACAAAUUACUUUGCUGAAAGAACAAAUUAGCAAAUCAUCUGACAAGCUACAAGAAACUGAGAAUAGACAAAGAAAAGAAGCUGAAUAUUUGAAAUCUCAGAUUGAGGAAAAUAGCACUUUAAAAGAAAAAUGGAACAAUUUACUUAAAGAGAAAGAGAAUAAAGAACAGACUCUUGAAAAUGAGUUAAAAUCUAUUAAAGAUUCAUACAACAAACUAGUUUUGGAAGAUGCUAAAAAAGAUGAAGAGCUGGCUCAGCUAUCUAGAAAGCUUAUAGAACAUGCUGAACACCAGGAAACAAUUAAAAAAGAAUUACAGGAGAAACAGGAGAUCAUUAUGUCAUUAGAUAAGAAGCUUGAGUUUUUGGAACAACAAAAUGAAGAGACUAAACUUAAAUUAACUGAAGAUCUUAAAGCCAAAGAGACAUGUUGUGAAGAGCUUAAUAACCAAUUAAGUGAAAUACAGAAACUAAUUAAAAAAAUGGAAAUAGAGACACAGGAGAAAGCUUCAGCUAAUAAGCAGCUGCAGGCAGAUCUUGAAGAAAAAGAAACAAAAUUGGCAGAGCAAGUGAAAGCAAAUGAACAUCUGAAAAAAAGUAUAGAUAGAGUGAAAAAUGAGAAGCAACAGUUAGUCAGUGAAAAUGAGAAUUUGUCCAAACUUCUGGAUGUGAAGGAAUGUGAAUUGUUAAAGAAAAUCCAGGCUGUUGCAGAAAUAGAGAGCAAGUUAUCUUUUAGUGAUGCUGAAUACCAAAAAACUCUUUCAGUACUAAACUGUGAAAAAAACACUCUAGCAAAAGAAAUUGAACAACUCUCAGUAGCUGCAAAGCAAAAAGAAAAUUCAGUUGCGGAACAGCUGCAGAAGAAAACAAAGGAAUGUAAUGUGUUAGCUGGUCAGUUGUCUGAAAGCAAGGAACAAGCACAACAAUUGCAUGAACAAAUGCAAUCAGUUCUCAUUCAGCUGAAGGAAGCCGCAGACAAAGAAACAAAGAAAGAAGAAAUGUUAAAUAGUAAGUUAUCUGAAUGCAGUACCCUAAUACAAGAGCUGAGCCAGACUAAGGAACACAAUUUACUGCUGCAAGAGCAAGUUCAAAGCUUAACUUUGGAUUUUGAAACUAAGAGCAAGUGUCUAGAAGAAAAAAUCAUUCAGUGUGAUUCGUUGCAUAAGGAAACUGAAGACAACAAAUUGUGUAUUUUAGAGUUGCAGGAAGAAAUUAAAAAUCUUAAAGAGGACAAGAUGAAGUUAUAUCAGUUGGUAGAGGAAAAAGACCUGACUUUAAAAAGUCAGGGUUCAGAACUUGAAAUGUUUCGUAAGCAAGUUUCUGACAAAACUGAAGAAAGCAUGGUGUUAAAUAAUCAGCUACAGCUAUUAAGCAAAGAAGUGACUGAGCUUAAGCAUAAAAAGGAAGAGCUUUCAAACCUAUUGAGUGAGAAGUCACAUGAAUUUGAAAUUCUUCAGUCACAAUUGAUACAGAAACAGUCAGAUACUAGUUCUGCAAGGCAACAAGCACACACGGCAGCUCUAGAAAAUGAAAAAUUGAAAGUAGAAAUUGAGAAUGUUAAUGCAAUGAUAAUGAAAAAAUCAGAAGAAAUAGCUACUUUAACUUCACACUUGUCCCAACAGAAUCAUAAUAUUUUAGCUCUGAAGGAUGAAAUUGAUGGCCUAGUGGUUGAAAAAGAAAACCUAAAAACUCUCGUGGGAGAGAAAGAAACUCUUAUUUCUGAGAAGGAUGUUUUGCUACAACAAAUGAAGGAUAGCAAAAUGGCAGGAGAAGGGCAAUAUUUGCAAGUCAUUUCAGAUCUACAAAACCAAAUGCAAACCCUAGGUUUUGAAAUCAGCCAGCUUAGACAGACAAUGCAGGAGAAAGAAAAUGAAUGUAAGAGGCAAGCCCAAGAAUUAAAGUUACUAAAAGAUAAAACUGAGGAGUCUGAUAUACUUAGGGUUCAACUGUCUGAGAAUAUGGAGGUUAUUUCUGACCUUCAAUAUCAACUUAAAAAUUUGACAGAAAAAGAAGCACAGUUGAUUGAUUCACUUACACAGAAGGAUGAAUGUUUAAAACAAAAGAUAGACGAAUAUGUUAGUUUAAAAGCACGCCUUUCUGAUGUACAGGAAUCAUCCAUUUUGCAGCAGAAACAGAUAGAGCUUUUAACUUCAGAAGCAGAACAAUUAAAAGUACUUGUUUCUGAGAAAGAUUUAACUGUCAAUAAUAUUUCAUUAUUCAGUGAGAAUUUAAAGAUGCAACUUCAAGAAAAGGAGAAUGAAUGUGUUGUCUUAAAGAAACAGGUAGCAGAGCUGGAGGAAGUAAAAGUGAAUUUACAAAAAGAAGUACAACAUCAGAAGAAUGUAAUAAUAGAAAAGGAACAGUCCUUAUCAGAAAACGAAUCCUCACUUAUAGAAAAUAAAACUCUUCUCAAAGCUCUGAAGGAGAAAGCACAGGAAGAUGAAGAGAAGAUAAGUUUAAUCUCUCAGCUUCAAAGUCAAGUACAUGUACUGACACAUGAACUACAAAAAUCUAAGGAACUAGUCCAGGAGAAACAAAAUGCCUUUUUGUCUCUUCAGGAAAAAAUUGAAGCACAGUGUGAACUAAAAACUGAGUUUAAUGCAGCUCUUAAUGAAAAAGAAGAAGUUAUUGCCAAACUGCUUAAUUCUGUGAAGGAGAAGGAUUCCAGUCUACAGCUGGCAAAUGAAAACAUGAGUGUUCUUUCUAAAGAGAUUGAGAUUCUCAAAGAAGAAUUAGAGAAAAGUGGUGCAACUAUGAAAAACCUUACUAAGGAAUUUCAGGAAAAAAAUGAAAGCUUUAGUACUAAUCAGAAGAAAAUCGAUUCUUUGACAGUUGAGCUUGAGAGUGUAAAAAGUGAACACCGUAAAGCACUAGACCAAAUAAGUACAUGGAAACAAGAUUUACAGCAAAAAGAAUUGGCUGUGGAGUCUCUGCGUAUGACUUGCACUGAACAGGCAGAUAAUAUAGCAUGUCUAAAGUUGGAGCUGAAUAAUGUAAAUUCCAAAUCAUCUCAAGACAGCCAUGAAAGUGCACUUUUAAUAGGUAGUCUGCAACACCAAGUAGAGUCUUUAUUGAAUGAAAAAAAUAUGUUACAAGAAGAUGCUGCUAAACUCAUGGCUGAAAACACACAACUUAUUGCAUCUCAAAAUCAUUUGGAAAAGAAAUUGGAAGAGCUUCAAGAAAGGAAUGGAAAACUAGAAGCCAGUGAGAAUUACUCAAGAAUGCAGAUAGAUGCUGUCCAACUGCAGAUGAAGACUGAAAAAGAGAAGUUACAGAUGCAGGUUAGUGUGAAGGGUGAAGAACUCUCUAAAUUAGGGCUUAAAUUUGAAAAUCUAGAGCAAAAUCUGCUUGAGUCAGAAAACAAAUGGGUGAUGGAACUUGAUAGGGCAACUUUAGAAAUUAAAAAUCUUACUGAGCAAUUGAACCAUUUAGAAAAUGAAAUGAAAUCCAAGGAUAGCAAAAUCCAGUAUUUACAGGAGGAACUUGAUCUUACCAAAGAGGAAAUAACUCAAAGCUUAUCUCCAUUACUUAAUAGUAGACUUUUAUGUAAAGAAAAGAAUGUGCAGACUUCAGAUUCUGAACUGCUGCUAACUGAUGGUAAAAUACAAUUGGAAAAAUUCUCCUCUCUGAUAUCCACUAUUUUGAGCAAAGAAGUAGAAAGAGAACAAUUGCAUCUGGUUCUUUUAGAAAAAGAGAAAGAAAUAGAUGUCCUAAAAGAUGAAUUAAAAAGUAUGCAGUCACUUGAGAAAGAGAAGGAGCUGCUACAGAAUGAUAUUGAUAAAAUGAAGGGUACCUAUGAAUCUGAAAUUAAAUGCCUAUCGCAAGAAAUUGUUGCUGUCAAGGAAACUUUAUGUAAACAACAGUCUCUUGUGCAAGAAAAGAAUAGACAGAUUGAAUUUCUUCAGGAUGAGAUAAAUAAAUCAGAAGAAAUAGUAAGAACCAGUCAAGAAAAACUGCACGUUGACAGUAAAAAAUUAGCAAGUCUCCUUGAAGAAAUGGGAAGAAAAGAUCAACUCAUAGAAGACUUAACUUCACAGGUAAAUCAGCAAAAGGAUUUAAUUUCUGGUCUAAGCCAGCAAAUGAAAGAAAAGGACUGUUCUGUUACCCAGAUCAUGGAAUCAUUGUCUAGUGAAAUGCUGAAUUUUUCUGAAGAGAGGAAUACACUAAGCAGCAAACUGCAGGACCUCGAGUCUGCUCAUAAUCAUUCUGUAGGAGAACUAAAUAGAGUGUUGCAGGAACUUGAGGACUGUAAGAAAGAACUGGAGCGUAGUCAGGUUGUGUUAAGCAACAGAGAAGCUGAUUUUAAAGAUAUAAUGAAAGAAAAGGAGGAGAUGCAUCUUAAUCUUGAGAAACUUGGCAAGGAAAAAGAGAAUCUGAAGAAGAAACUUCAAGCAGCAUUGAUAAUAAGAAGAGAUCUAAUGCAGAAAGUUGCAAAACUAGAGAAAAGCGGGCAGGAAGAAAUAGAGAAAGAGAAAGGAAAAAGAGAGGAGUUGUUGAAGAAAGUUGAGGAGUUAACAGACAAGCUGAAACUAGUUGAAGAUCAAAAUAAAGAUUUAGAGACCUAUCUUGGAACUCUGAAGCAACAGGUUAGAGAAAAAGAUGACAAAAUAAUUGACUUGAAUGAUAUCUUGUCAGCAAAGGCCGCUUGUUUAGAGGAACUUAAGGCCAAUAUUACAGAACUAAAUGCUGUCAUUGCUGAAAAACAAAUUAUCUGUGAGCAGAACCUAAAAUCUUUAGAGAAAAAGGAUAACAUGCUUGCUCAUAUGCAAACUAUGCUUGAUGAAAAAGUAAGUGCAUAUGAAGAGAAACAUUCUCAGCUCUUAGUAGCUCUUGAAAUGAUGAAGCCUGAAGUUAAGAAUGAAGAACUGUUGAAAAAUUCCAGUUCUGGAGAGCCCAGUGCCUGGGACAAGAAAAAGUGUUUGAACUCCAACAAUGAAAUUAGUGUAAUUCAGUUAAAAAAAGAAAAAGAAGACUUACAGAGGGAUCUUUUGGUCAGGGAAGAAGAUGUAAGAAUAUUUCAGAAUGAGGGGGCAGAGCACACUAAACUUGCAGCAGAUUUUGAUGAACAAAAACACUUGAAGCACGUCAAACAAGAGCAUAAAGAUCUUCAAAGAGCAUGUAAAGAGUUUGACUUGAAUCAAUUAGAAAAACAUUUUGGGAAAGAGCUUGUUUCUCCUAAGGAAGAAGGAGAAGAAGAAAGUGACCUGGAGAAUUUGGAAUCCAGCAAAUCAAGAAACAAGGUUCAGGCUGCAUCCUUUGAAGGGUCAGAAAGCCUAAUCACUGUAGUGACAAGUAAAGAUACUGAAUUGGAAGAACUAAGAAAUAAUUAUGCAAAGCUUCAGGAGGAAACAGAAAUGUUAAAGGAGGAGCUGAGAAAAAUAUUAGUUGAAUUUAGUGGUGGUGGAGAAAAAGCAGUCGACUUAAACUCCAUGAGACAACAGAAGCAGUACCAGGAACAAUGUAAAGAUAACCUUUUGGAGGAUAUAAAGCAGCUGCAGAAAAAGCUGAAAACAUUCUUGGCUGAAACUGCAGACAUGAAGAUGGUGCUGGAAUGUGUAAAUAAUGAGAAAGAAACACUUGUUAAAAAAAAUGAGGAGGAUUACAGGGUGAGCCAGGAAAAACUACAGAAACUGAGAACGGAAGCUAAUAAGGAAAUUGCAGAAAAGAACGAGGAAAUAGAAACAUUGCAUUCUUCACUUAAAGAUUUGAAGGAGAAACUUGAUCUUGAAAAGGAAUUGUUAAAAGAAGCUGUAAAGGAGGGCCAAGAAGUCGAUGGUUACAAAGCAGCAUUUGAAGAAAUAAGGAAUGAAAAAGAGAAGCUUGUUCAUCAUUUAGAGGAGUCCAAUUUGGAACUAAUCAACAUGAAAAGGGAGUUAAAGCAUGUCAGUCAAGAAAACAAAAAGCUUCUGACGGAACUUUGUUUGCUACGUGAGAAGGCUGAGAUAAGUACUCCUGCAGUGUCAAGUAAAGAGUGUAAAGAAGAAAAUGAUACUGAAAAAGAACUGGUAGAGUUUUCUUCAGAAAGUGGUUUUCUUCAAGGAAGAUUACAAAGUGAAGGCACCUCUUUUCAACUAUCUAGGACUGGUUACUCUGGGAAAACUAAUCUAAAAGAAGCAGCAGACAAUAAAACCCAGAAAGAAAUGGAAAUGGUUCAAGAGCCACUUGCAAAAACCAUUAAUGUAAGUGAUUCUAAACCACAAGGACAAAGGACUACAGCAGAAGAGAAGUCCAAAGACCACCUUCAAAGAAAAUUACAAGCAGCUUUAAUAUCACGUAAGGAAGCUCUGAGAGAAAAUAAAUAUCUAAAAGACCAGAUUGAUAAGCUCUUAUUGGAAAGAGAAGAACUGGUGAACAAGACAAGUUCGCUUGAACGCUUGUUAUUAGAGCUUGGUAGAGAAAAACAGAGUUCAAAUACUGUUUCUCCAUUGUCUGAAGAGGAGAGCCUUGUUUCAGAAAAUGCUAGACUGUUGGCUGAAAAUGAAAACCUAACUGCUGCUUGUGAAAGUCUUAAAUCUACAAUGGAGACAAUAGUUCAGGAAAAAGAGGCCUUUUCUUUCCAGCUAAAUACCUUAAAAGAUUCUCAGACAGUUGAAUUAACAGGUUGGAAGGCUAAACACAGUGAAUUAAAGCAAGAGUAUGAAUCCCUCCUUCAGGCCUAUGAGAAUAUCAGUAGUAAAAUAGCAGAUAUGAGGCAAGUUAUUGAUGUCACUAGAAAAGAGAAACAAGAGGUAAUUCAGAGACUCAGGGAAGGGGAAUCUGAGAAGGAGGCUCUUGAGAAACAUUUUCAGAAACUCGCUGAUGAAAAUGAAGUUAUUAAGGAUCAGCUGAAACAACUCCACGAGUCCAAGAAAUUGGAAGUUGAUGAACUACAGAGUAAAGCAAACAAGCAGAUAUGUGAACAAGAGGCAAGAAUUGAAGAACUCCAGGCCCGUCUUCACGAACUCACUCAACAGAAUAAUCAGCUAAUGGAGGAAAAUGAGCAGCUGAAACAAACUUCCGAGAACUUAAAGCAGGCUUUAGAAAAAAUUCAGGAUGAAAAUGACAUCCUUCAUAAUAACAUCACUGUAACUAAAGCAGCUCUGGGAGACCUCCAAGUUCAAAUGGAAGUGUACCAAAAUGAUAUGCAAUCUAAAAUCAGAGGUGCACUAUAUGAGAAUGAAUCACUGUUAACAGACAUUAAUGUGUUAAGGGAUAAACUUUCUGAAAAGGAGCAAGAAAGAAAAUUAAUUUCAGAAAAGGUGAAAGAAACUGAAAAGUCUUUGGACUAUAAAAAUCAUUGUAUCACAAAGCUGGACAUGGAGUGUAAAAAUCUUACACGAGAAAUUGUUAGUCUAAAUGAAAAAGUUAAGAUUUUAGAAGAUGAUAAAUGUCUCUUACAGGAGGAAUUAGAAAAUGCACAAGAAAAUUCUUACAAAGUAAAGAAUGAGAGGGAAUUCCUUGAGACAGAAUUGCUUAAUCAUAUUAAAGAGGUUGAUCAUCUUACUGAUACAGUGAAAUCAGCACAAGUGCAGAAUAAUGUGCUGUUACAGCAACUGGAAGAAUUAAAGGCAGAGAAGUGUAAUGUGAUUAGAGAAAAAGAAGAACAGCAGUUACAACUAAUAAAGCUGUUUGAGGAGAAGGUAAAAUGUGCACAGAGAGAUAAUAGUGGAAAUAAAAAUCGAACAAAAGAAUUACAAGAGCUCUUAAAGGAGAAACAGCAGGAGAUCAACCAUUUGCAAAAGGAUUCUAUAAAAUUCCAGGAGCUGAUCCUGGAUUUGGAAAGGUCUGUGAAACUAUCACAGUCAAAAAAUGAAAAAUUUGAAAAAGAUUUGAGUAAUAUGUCAGAAAAGCUUACCAAAUCAAAUGAAGAAAUAUGCCAUCUCAAUGAAAAGCUGUCUUCACAGGUGAACUUGUUGGAUCAGUCAAAGAAAGAAGUAGACAGGCUUACAGCUGAGAAUCUUAAUUGGAGAAAAGAACUUCAGAGGAAAGAAGAUGAACUAGAAAUCCAGAAGAGAGAAUAUGUGACAGAAUUGGAGCUAAAUCUUCAACAAUUAAAAUUGAUUCACAAGGGAGAAUUUUUGAACCUAGAGGAAAGACACAGUGCCAUUCAGAGAGAAAAAGAUAGGGCAAUUAGUGAGAUUCGAGGAUUGCAAGAGGAGGUUAACUUUAAGGACUCUGAAAACAGGAAGCUUCAGGCAGAUUUGAAUGCAGCUUUGGCACGCUUAGCUGCUUUUGCAAAGUGUAUGUCCUCUCUUCAAAAUGACCGGGACAGGGUAAUCACUGAAAUGAAAACCUGGGAAUCACAGUUCAAAGAGGCCAUCCAGAAUAAAGAGAUACAAAUAGAAAACAGUAAUAAAAGAAUAAUGUCCCUACAAGAUGAACUGAAAGACAAAAUGACUCAAAUUCAGGAGCUGAAUAUCAAAUAUUCUAUGGGAGAGAAAACAAGGGAUGAACUGUAUUUAAGGCAAAAAUCUGCUGAUGUUCCAUGGCGUGAAGAGCUCCGCAGAAUAAAGGAAGAAAAUAUACUUUUUUUUAAUAGGCAGCAAGAGUUGGAGAAUGCUCUUCAGUCAAAAGAAGAAGCUUUGCAAGCACUUCUUAAAGAAAAUAAUUCUCUUAAUCAUCUCAUGGAGAAUAGUAAAAGUUCCGGAAGAGAGAUAAAAGUCCUGGAAAGUAAUUUUACAAGACAAGAACAAGAACUGCAAAACCUUCUUGCUGAAAAGGAAAAAAUUCAUGCUGAGUUGAAAAAGCAGGUUGCCAUUUCUGAGCAAAUGAAAAUCAUGUUGAAUAAUAAAGAUAAAGAAAUUUCCUUACUCAUUUCUUCAAAAAGUGAUGGAAUUUCUGACUAUCUGAUUCAGGUACAGACUGAACAUAGAGAACAAAUCAAAGAAUAUGAGCGUCAGCUCCAGUCGCUGCAGAGGGAGAGAGAACAGUCUGAGGAGUCCUGUCAGAAGUUGGAAAAUGAACUGAGAAAUCUCAAGAUGAAAGCAGAUAAGGCAGAUCAAGACAAGGCUGCAAUUGCCAGUGAACUAGAUGCUUUUAAGAAAUCAAUGUCAUCUCUUCAGAAUGAUCGUGACAACCUUUUUUCUAAAUACAAAGAGUUGGAGAAUCUUCACCAAAAUGUCAUAAAUCAACGGGACGAUCUUAUAGCUGGCAGUGCAAGUGAGAAUAAUGCGUUGAAACAAGAAUUAAGAGUACUACUUAAUCAGAUAGAUGAUCUUCAUUCUGAAAACGCAAUGCUAAAUGCCCAGUUAAUAAAGUAUAGGGAAGAUCUCAACCAAGUUUUAUCUCUGAAAGAUCAUCAGUUAAAAGACUUACUUAAGCAGAAAUUGGAUUUCAUUAAAGGCCUUGAACAGGAAAAAUAUGAUCUUCAGAAACAAAUCAAAGAGGUGCAACUGUCCAGCCAACUGCAAAAUAAUACUGUUGUAUCUUUGGAACAUGAAAAUAAAAAAUUAGUAUCUAAAGUAAAUGAUUUAGAAUCUUUAAUUGCAUCAUUAAACAAAGAGAAAAUUAUUUCUGAAUCUGGAGAAAAACUGCUAACUAGUGGUAGCAUCCAGAAAAAAAAAAGUUCAUCCAAUGGACUGUAUGGAGAAAAAGUUCUGAAGAUUGAUGACCUCCAGAAAUCACUAGGCAGAAAUACUAAGGAUGCAGAUGGGGAAUACAGUAAGGCAUUUCAGACAGUUGAGCAUGGAUGUGAACCUGGUGCUUUUACAGAGAUGAUAGUAGAAGUUCAAUCUCAGAAUAGAGAGCUGAGAUCUCAGAAUGAGGCCUUUGGCAAAGCAAUGACUGCUCUGCAAAAUGAUAGAGAUAGGAUAAUAGAGGACUUAAAUAUACUUCAGAGCAAAUACACAUCAGAACUCAAGUCUGAAAAAAAGAAAGGAGUUGAACUUGAAGCUGAAUUGGGUAGCUUUAAAUCCCAUCUUGUCAGUAUACUCAAGGAAAAUGGUCUUCUGAAAAAGAUACUUUUUGAUCCUGCAAAUAUGGUUACAGUUGAUCAGAUUGCUGAUGAAAUUGAAAAUCUCUGUAGGACGUUUGUCACCCGUGAGCUGGAGAUUAGCAGGCUCUCAUCUGAAUGUGGGAAUUAUGUUCAGCAGAUUGAAGCGUUUUCCAAGGCUAUGGCCAGUCUUCAGGAUGACCGAGACAAAUUGCUGCAGGAACUCAGCAAGCAGAAGGUAGCUUCUGAAACUAAACAGGGGGGCACAGCUUCAUUUCCCAUUGCUUGCAACAGCAUCAAUGAUAUAAAUUAUUUUAAAAGUAAUUUGGAUGUGCCUCAGAUCGAUAGGGAAAGAUUGGCUAAAGAAGGAGCCAACCUUGCAGCUGUUGAAAUAUCAAAACUGAAGGCCAAGGUUGAUGAUUUGGAGAAGGCACUGCACCAGACAAAAGCCUUCCAAGCAGAAACUGAGAGGGAGAUUGCAUCAUACCAGAGUGAACUUGCUGGAUUGAGGAUGGAAAAGAACCUCCUCCUCUCAGAGUCCCAAGCACUGCGAAAUCAAUAUCAAAUGACAGUUGCUGAGAAAGACCGUCAGAUUGCAGAACUGCAGAAGCUGCAAGAAGACAUCAUUGUUAAGAAAUCAAUCUCCACUGGCAACAUUUACCCAGUCAAGGUUUUGGAAACUGCCUCCCUUGUUGGAGGUGCAGACACCCCUGAGGACGUCAAGCAUGUGUUGGCUGAAAGAAAUCGUCUUCAGAAUGAGCUACAGCGCUGUCUUCAGGAGAUGCACCAGAAGGAUCUGCAUUUACAUCAGAUUAAUUCAAAGAAUGUGCAGUCAGCAGAAGAGAACGCUGUGUUGUCUGCCCAGCUGAAAACUCUGUCUCAGACUCUAAGGGAUAAUCAGCUUCGUUACACUGAUUUGCAGAAUCGUUAUUUAAGACUGGAGAGGGAAUAUCAAACAAUGCAGGUGACAUCCUUCCAGGGCACCAUUCAGGAUGAAACUAGAGCAGAAGUUCCCCCUGGAGCACCACAGGAAAGAUCUGCAGUUAUUGUUGAAAUAGACAAUAUGGAGCUAAGUGAACUCAGAAAAAGGCUUGCAGACACUGAGCAACAAUAUGACUCAGUGCAGCAGGCUCUCUCACAGCUUACACAAACACUAGCAGAAGAAAAGAGAAGGAGAGAAGCUGCAGAAGAAGCUCUUGGACUCUCUGAAGAGCUAAGUAACAGAGUUGAAGUCAGUAGUUACAGGUCUGUACCUAGCGAAUACACUAUUCGAAUGGAAACAGAGGAGGAAAGAGAAGCUUUAAUCAUCAGUCCUAGUGAACAUGUUACUGUAAGAAAGGUGAAAAGAGGAGCCCUUUCCUUCAGAAGAUGGCUUCGAGGACGAAGUCUUACCUGUUCUAAGCUGCUGACCUCCAGAGCAAAAUCCCGCUAUUUAUUCCUUACAUACCUGGUUACACUACAUCUUAUUGUUUUAUUGUGCCUCACUGGUGUUCUCUGAGUACACUGCAUUUUCUGAGUAAAUUAUUUUCUUAUAGGUAAUGGUGUGCCAAUUCAAGAUAAUUUUUCACAUGCUGCUGUUGAGCUAUGCACUGGACACAGUUGUAUAUAUUCUUGUUACACUAUAUGAAUCUUGAGCUUCUUGUAAGAAAUUUAUGUAUAUCACAGUUGUCCCAAAGUUGACUUGAAUUGCUCUUUAACAGUGGGGUAUUAUAUUUGCUAAGGAGAAAAUAUUGCCCUCGUUUGCCCUAUAAAGAAACUGCUGCAUACAAGUUAUUUAAUAUUGCUUGUGAGUACAUAAUGAAUGAUUACUACUGAAUGGGUUGUAAAUGAUAUCUUUUCUAAAUAAAUUUUAUUUUAAGAGUUGAACUAUACAGUUUAAAGGAAUAUUCAGCUAUUACUGUCUAUUGGCUUCUUGAUUACAACAGGGAGUUCUAAAGAGUGCAAUAAAGAAAGAAGAACUGGA